AUGAUUUACUUUAUUCUAGAUUCGAAGGCCUCGUUGAAGACGGCAUUUCUGCAUGCUCAAGACAGGAUAUCUGGUUAUUGCGAGUACAGAGACGUAGGAGUAAAGGCAAACCUGGCCGCACUUUCGCAACUUUACAAUAGCCAAGUUUGCCAAUUGCAGACAAUGACAGCGUCCAGUUGCAUUUCACGAUCUCCCGGACCAAUGGACUUCUCAUGUCCUCCUCGUCCCGGUCAUGUGAGCUCGACUGUCAAGUCGGUCAAUCAGCACUCGACUAGCCUCUCGUGGAAACAGCAACCGGCCUGCUUGCAACCUGGACCCGGAGACGAUCACCAGAAUUGUAUAGCUCUUUUUAUUUGCCUCAAAGACGUCACAUUGGUACUCACUUUUAUUGACAACAUUUGGCAUUUACAUCCUUUUUCCACAGUCCAGUCACCCAGCUCAGCGCAUCCUGGUCCAUUAAAAGAAACAGCGAAACAGUUUACUCUGACUCUGAGUGGGAGGUUAUGUUCUGAAAAAGGGUAUUCAAUUUCGGAUUGA